CAUGUCUGCGGCGAUGGCAGACAUGCGUGAGCAGCUGGCGGCGGACGAGCGGACGUCAGCCCUCAUCUCGGCGAUGCGUGGCACGAACAUCAACGACGACGACAAUGCCGCGAGCGGCACUACGCUGCAGGUCGUCGAGAUGCGCGCCGGCGACGACAGCCUCCCGACCGAGUACGACCCGGCGGCGCUCAGCGCUUACUUCCGCAAGCGGCCCGGCGCGGUGCUGACCCGCAUCGGGCAGCUCGCACUGUAUGGAGGCGCGUGGGUCGCGAAGACCCUGUUGAGCGCGCUUCGCGGCGAGCUGACCUCCGGCUCUGAGGGCGAGGUCGCCGCCGUCGCCGGGCUGCGAGACGUCCUCGUCUCGCUGGGCCCCUUCUACAUUAAGCUGGGGCAGGCGCUGAGCAUACGGCCCGACAUCCUGUCGCCGCAGGCGAUGGUCCAGCUGCAGCAGCUCUGCGACAAGGUGCCGCCCUUCGAGUCGGCUGUCGCGAUGCAGUGCGUCCGCGACGAGCUCGGCGUGGAGGACGUCUCCGAGCUCUUCUCCACCAUCACGCCGGAGCCGGUCGCCGCAGCGUCGCUCGGCCAGGUGUACAAGGCGACGCUGCGCGAGGGCGGGGACGAGGUGGCGGUCAAGGUGCAGCGGCCCUUCGUGCUAGAGACGGUGUCGCUCGACCUGCACCUCGCCCGCGCCGCCGGCCAGUUCCUGCGCAAGAUGUCGCCCGAGGCGUCCCAGCGCGUCGACGUCGUUUCGCUGCUCGACGAGUUCGCUGCCAACUUUUACCGUGAGCUGGACUACGUUCUCGAGUGCGAGAACGGGAUCCGGAUCGCCCGCGACAUGCGCCGCCUCCCGCGCGUCAAGAUCCCGGCCAACUACCCGCAGCUCACUUCCCGACGCGUGCACACCGCCGAGUGGGUGGACGGCGAGAAGCUCUCGCAGUCGACGGCGGACGACGUCGGCGAGCUGGUCAACUUGGGCGUGAUCACGUACCUCACUCAGCUGCUCGACACGGGCUUCUUCCACGCCGACCCGCACCCGGGCAACAUGCUGCGCACGCCCGAGGGGCGGCUGGUCAUCCUCGACUUUGGGCUGAUGACGGAGGUGACCGACGACCAAAAGUACGGCAUGAUUGAGGCGAUCGCGCACCUGAUCAACCGCGACUACUCCCUCAUUGGGGAGGACUUCAAGAAUAUGGACUUCAUCCCGCGCGACGUCGACACGGCGCCCAUCGUGCCCGCCCUCUCCAAGGUCUUCGAUGUCGCCCUCGCCGGCGGUGGCGCAAAGAGUAUCAACUUCCAGGAGCUCGCCGCGGACCUCGCGGAGAUCACGUACGAGUUCCCGUUCCGCAUCCCGCCCUACUCCGCCCUCAUCAUCCGCGCCAUCUCGGUGCUCGAGGGCAUCGCGCUUGUCGGCAACCCGCAGUUCGCAAUCAUCGACGAGGCCUACCCGUACCUCUCGAGGAAGCUGCUCACCGACGACAGCCCGCGCAUGCGCGAGGCGCUGAGGUACAUGGUCUACGGCGAGGGCAAGACCUUCGACGUCGACCGUGUCAUCGACCUGCUCCAGGCCCUCGAGAAGUUCAGCGAGGCGCAGGCGCAGGCGUCGACGGCGCGCGAGGCGGUCGGUUUCUUCUUUUCGGACGACGGUCAGGUCUUCCGCGACUUUCUGGUCGAUGAGGUCGUCGCCGCCGCCGACGCGCUGUCCCGCGAGGCGCUGCAGAACCUGAUCCUGACUGCGCCGGGCCGGGCGCUCGACCGGCUGCCUCAGCCACGCUUCGUGCGCGCCUUCAACCGCGAGGUUCGCGACGCGCUCGCGCCCAAGCCGACCGAGAGCGACGAGAAGGUGCUCUCCUCCAUCCGGAGGCUGCUCGACUUCUUCCUCGGCGACCUCGACGCCGCCGGCACCGACCCGCCGCCAAACUCAAACUCGCCCGCCGUCCUCCGCUCGCUCGUCCCCGACCAGGCGGCACGCGCGCGCGCGGUCGCGCUGCUGCCCAUCCUGCGGGAGAACCAGCAGGACAUGCGCGCUUUCGGGCUGACGAUCGUCGGCCGGCUCGCCGAGCUGCAGACGGGCCGCGCUCUCGGGCUCGUCCGCAGCCGCAUCGGCGCUCAGGCGAAGCCCGUGGCGUUGAGAGAGGCGGCCGAGUGAGCUCUCAAGCUGCUAACCCUCCUCCAUGGCGGCGUGUGCGGGUGGUCGGUCCGAUUCUUUAUCGCCUCGCCGGCUGUGCCCAUUGUGUGUCUUUUACUCGAUCGGUUUGAGAGGCGC